AUGAUCUUCCUGUCACUCAUAUUGUUUUGUCUAGCUCUCGUGGCAGCCAUAGAUCCAUAUGCUAUCUUGGGUGUCUCCAAAGAUGCUGAUGAGAAGACCAUCAAGAGCGCAUAUAGACAAUUGUCGAAACAGUACCAUCCAGACAAAAAUCUGUCCCCCGAGGCACACGAUAAAUUUAUCGAAAUAGGAGAGGCUUAUGAUAUCCUCAACGAUCCACAGAAAAAACAAAAUUACGACCAGUUUGGUGAUGCUAAUGGUGGAGGAGGGUUUGGGGGAGCUGGCGGGUCUGCGUUCGAUUUUGGCGAUAUCUUCAACCAGUUCUUUCAAGGCCAACAAGGUGGCUUUGGUGGAGGCCACGGACAUCAAAGAAGAGUACAGAGAGGUCCUGAUACCCAAGUGAACGUGAAUAUGCCUUUAAAGGAUGCCUUUUUGGGUAGAGACUUAGAGUUUGACGUCGAAAUGAACAACAUUUGUGGUAAAUGCAAAGGAAGCAGGUCCGCAGAUGGCAAAAAGCAUACUUGUACAAAGUGUCAGGGGUCCGGUGUGGUUAUGAUGAGAAGGCAAAUGGGCCCCAUUAUCCAGCAGUUCCAGUCGCAAUGUGACCAGUGUGGUGGUAAGGGUCAGACGAUAGCGAAACCAUGUGCCAAAUGUCAGGGCCAGGGCACGGAGCGUACUUCAAGACAUUACAAUGUGUACAUAAGUCCAGGUACUCCGCGUAACUACCGCCAUGUCCUAGAAGGUGAGGGCGAUCAAAAUCCAGACUUCGUCCCAGGCAACAUGAAUCUCCAGUUUAGAGAUGUUCACACAGAAAACUGGGGCUUCCGCCGGAUUAAGGAUCACCUCUACAGAACAGAGCUUCUCACCAGUAAAGAAGCAAACGUUGGUGGCUGGAGUCGAGAGAUUGCUUUAUUUGACGGUGAAGCCGUAACGAUUAAAAGAGGUAAGAAUGUGCCUGUCAUUGAUGGAGAAGUAGAGGUCGUGAAAGGACAUGGUAUGCCUCACUUUCAAGAUGAAAACGAAUAUGGUGAUUUGUUCAUCGAAUACAGAGUAAUUCCAGUAGGAAAGUCUGGAAGAAAAGAUGAGUUGUAA